UAAAGGUGUCAAAUUUUAGGCCUUACAGAAUUUUUUUAUACUUUUGUGGCGACUUUAAAUUAUAUAUAUUUAUUAUAAAUAGCUUUAACAUAAAUUUUAUUCAUAUCACUAUAUAGCUUAGUACGUAUAAGUCGCCUGUUUGCAAUAGUCUUUAUAGUUUCAUUCAUCAAAACGUUUACAUAAUACUUUCGGCAUAAAAAUGAGAAUAUAUCUUUUGAAAACUGUAUCGGAUACGAUCGGAAGGCGAUUUUUAUCAACGAAAAAUGUAAGAAAAGUUACCCAUUGCAUCUUUGAUAUGGACGGUUUGUUAUUAGAUACUGAGUUAGUGUAUAAAAAGAUGAUAACACAGCUAUGUGCAAAAUACGGACAUGAAUAUACCGAGGAACUCAUGAUGAAGGUACUGGGAGGCACUGAACAACGCCUGUCGGAAAUCCUAUGCAAAGAGCUAAAACUGCCGGUGACUCCAAAAGAGUUUAGGGACCAAUUACUGGUGAUGGGAGACACUAUGUUGGCAAACGCACCACUUUUGGAUGGAGCUGAAAGGCUUAUUCGACACUUACAUGAAACGAAGGUACCCUUUGCAUUGGCAACAUCAUCAAGUGAUAGGUCAGUUAAAACAAAAAUCGCCGGGUAUACAGAAUUGUUUAGCUACUUCAAUCACAUGGUGAUGGGGAGCACAGAUAAAGAAGUAAAAUAUGGUAAACCGCAUCCUGAUAUAUUUUUGGUGGCUGCGUCAAGGUUUCCUGAUAAACCUGAACCUAGCAAGUGUUUAGUCUUCGAAGAUUCGCCACAUGGUGUAACGGCUGGAAUAUCCGCUGGGAUGCAAGUGGUUAUGGUCCCAGAUCCACACUUAGAUAAAAGACUGACAACCCACGCAACAAUAGUAUUGCCAACGCUAGCGAAAUUCCAACCAGAGGUGUUUGGGCUACCAGCGUUCAAGUCAUAAUUUAUUGUAAGAUCUACUUGUAGUAUAGUAUAUCGUAGUAUUAGCGUCUGUGAAGUAUUUAGUAUAGAGCUGUUAAUUGUCUUCCAGGUUUUUAUUCACUUGAUUUUUUACAUGUAAAUGUUAUAAAUGAUUUUUGACAGUUCAUCUGUGAACUGCUACGAAUUUACAGUAUGUAAAAUUUGUAAUACAAGUAUACAAGUAAUUGAGUUUAUAUAAAAAACCAUGUAGCAUAGCCGUAGUCACUCAGUGAAGAGGAAUCUUUCCAAUGGUGAAAGAAUUUUUGGAAUCGGCUCAGUAGUUUUAGUGUUAAAAUAUUGCAAACCUACGUACGAAAAUACGAAGGUUUCCUCUUGGUUUUUGGUUUAGAUGACUAGAAACAGUACUAAUGGAGUACUACUAAGUAACUGCCAAGUUAUUUGCAGAAAUUACGACACUUCGAUUACACAUGUUGCAACUUGCCAAAUGUCAGUAAAAAAAUCUACUUCAUUCUUUAUGUAAAGGGGUCUUUAGUAGGUUGUUGAUAGCCAUUGAUGUUUAGAAAAGCAUAAUAAAAUGUAUCAAUUCUAGUUGAUGUAAAAUGCAUAUGUAUUGAUUUGUAUUUAAUCCAGCUACAAAAUUUAUAAAAACCCUAUAUUAACGCGUAGUAUAUGCUGUCAACUUAAUUUUAUUGUAAACUCAAAUUUUAUAUUAUUACAAUUGAAAAUCUAUAUACAGUUAAAAUUUCAUAAUCGAGAAAAUGUAUGCAUAUUCCUUUUUAACAAAUGUAUCAAUUUCAUACCAUUUUAAAUACUAAUUAUGUAUUUACGUAAAUACAUUAAAUGCAUAUUAAUACUAUUUAAUAUUUUAUCAUGGCUAAACUCCUUGGGAUUUUACAGUAUACUAUGGGUAGAGCUUAAAAUAUCUUAAAAAUAGUUAUCAUUGUGUACCAGCAAUUAGCUCUUAUAAACCCUGUAAGAGCUUUUAAGCGUCUUAUGACUAAAACAUAUUGUUUUUUUUAUUAUGGUGCUUUUAAUCAUGUUAUGACUAAAACAUAUCGUUUUUCUUUAAGUAUCCUUUUAAUAAUUUGUUGCCAUAUACAGAAUAUUUAGAAAAAUAUUGUCCAAGUACCAUAUCAGUUAUACAGUGUAUAUUUUAGCUUUAAUAAUUUGUGAUGUGCAUACAAUUUAUUUUUUAUGACUAUGACAAUGACUUCAAUCAGUUUUAAGGGUUGCUGGAAAAAAUCAUUGCAUACUCAUUUUCUGUUUUUAAAUGCAUAUUAAUGCUUUAAAAUCACAAAAAUAUUUUAUUAUAUUUGAGCACACAAUAUCCAGGGUAGAGAAUAUGUGAAUUGUGUAUUUAUCUUUAAGGUUAACAAUGUCUGAUUAAUAUGUGCCAGUUAUACUUGUGUUUUAUGUACAAAUAAAAGAAUAAAC